CACGAUUUUAUAAAACAGAUUCGCGUCUGCAAAACGCUACCUUGUUGGUGAACCAAACAUUUUCUUUCCAAGCCUUCGUUGAGCUCUGAGGGGAAGCAGGUCGAAUUUUCUGACUCUUUUCAAUGGCUGAUCCUGAAUUAGAAGCAAUCCGACAAAGAAGAAUGCAAGAGCUUAUGGCUCAGCAUGGCGUGGGAAAUCAACAAAAUUCUGAACAGCAGAAAGCGCAGGACGAUGCAAAACGAGAGGCAGAGGAGCGAAGACAGAUGAUGCUUAGUCAAAUUUUGUCAGCUGAAGCACGUGAAAGACUUGCUCGUAUUGCUUUGGUGAAACCUGAGAAGGCAAGGGGCGUUGAAGAUGUUUUGCUGAGGGCUGCUCAAAUGGGCCAGGUAGUUGAAAAGGUUUCUGAAGAAAGGCUCAUAUCAUUGUUGGAGCAGAUCAACAACCAAACAGCCAAACAAACCAAAGUCACAAUUCAGAGGCGUCGGAGCGUUCUUGACGAUGAUGAUUAAGCACUAGUUUGUAUGUGUUACUACUUAAUUACUAAUGAUCCAGUGCUUUGAUUUUGUAUCUAGAAGACAAAAGGUUCGUGUAGUUGGUUGUUAAACAUUCGAGUGUAUUGGUUUCUUGCUGUCUCUUACAGUGGUUGGCUGGGUGGUAAACAGAGUCGUUUUUCGGAUUUGUUAUAUCCGGUAUGAAUUACAUGUCAAACACCAGUAAAGCUGGGGUCUUACCCUUUAGUUUUUA